AUGUGGAAAUUCUCCCCGUUUGUGGCGCUUAUCGAACAUCGUACUCGCGAAGUUGAACAUCUGAGGAAGCGUAUCGACUACUAUACCUCUCAGCUUGGAGAGGCAGAACAGAAUCUGGAAAAGACAAAAACACAAUUGGCUCGCCUUAGGAGAGAUUCCAGACCCCACAAGACUUCUCUGGAGAAUGGGGGUAAGACUGUGAAGGUGGAGAGCAGCUCAACUAGCUCUGUUCGAGUUAAUGAAAGUUCUUCAAGGAAUCAAACUCGGUCUAGAACUGAACUUGUUAUCCCGGCUGCGAAUUCCAAGGUUGCCCAGUUUUUAAAAUUAGGGGGUUCUGGCACGAGGGAUUCCAUUCGUUCCAGUGCUCAAACAAGCUCUUCUACCCAGUAUGAUAUUAUUAGGAAAGUAAAUGCAGAGAAGCCGGACCAGAGUCCUUCUGAUGAUGAAGUUGUUGAAAAUCAGGAUAAAGGAAGAAAGAGGAAACUUGAGCAGAGAGACCAAAAGGAAUUGAUUCCAAUGGUAUGCAGAAGCUCUUCACCGUAUACCAUUUAUUGCCAUGCUAACAAUCACAUCUGUAGUCAGCACAAGAGAAAGUUGAGAAGUCUUGCACUUUGUCCGGUGAAUGAUCAACUGUUUGUUACCAGUGCUUUGGAUGGAUUGGUCAAUUUAUGGAAGCUGCAGGGUCAUGGGUCAACAUGCCAAUCUGGUGGAGGUUCCAAACCUUUUCCAAGUAAUUAUUUCUUCCAAUCUUCUAAUUCCAGGUCUAGUGCCUCUCUUCUUAGUUCCACUGAGUGCAUUUCUCCAAAAAACAGGCGGUGGGCUGAAGAUAUAGCCUGGCACCCAUUGGGGAACAGCUUGGUUGCGACUUACACUGCUGAUAAAGGGGACUCUCAGAUAGCAGUCAUUCAUUUGAAUAAGACACAUGAGAAAAGCAAAGUAACGUUUCUACAAGACAAGCCUCAUAUUAAGGGUAUUGUUAAUGGAGUAAUGUUUAUGCCUUGGGGAGAUUCAUGUUUUGUCACCGGUGGCAGUGAUCAUGCUGUCAUAGUCUGGAAUGAGGAAGCUGAAAACUCGUGGAAGCCAAAGAAUUUGCACAGGGAUUUGCAUUCUUCUGCCGUUAUGGGGAUUGCUGGCAUGCAACAAAAGCAGAUCGUGCUCUCGGCUGGUGCAGACAAGAGAAUCAUUGGUUUUGAUGUCCAAGGAGGGCGAGUGGAGUUCAAGAAUCAAGUGGAUAGCAAAUGCAUGAGUGUUUUGCCUAAUCCAUGUGACUUCAAUCUCUACAUGGUUCAAACAGGGACUCCUGAGAAGCAGCUGAGACUGUUUGACGUCCGAUUGAGACAAACUGAAAUCCACACAUUCGGGUUUAAGCAAGAAAGCAGUGAUUCACAGUCAGCACUGAUCAAUCAAGGCUGGUCUUCUGAUGGUUGGUACCUGUCGUCCGGCUCGGUGGAUCCUGUGAUCCACAUCUUUGAUAUCAGGUACAACGGUCACAAGCCAUCACAAUCCAUAAGAGCUCACCAAAAACGUGUCUUCAAAGCUGAGUUUCACUACUCUCGACCUCUUCUGAUCUCCAUAUCUUCUGAUCUCCAAAUUGGGCUGCACAAGAUUUAGUCGAGGUUCUGGGUUUGCUUCAGAUGUUCUUCCCUUCCCCCCUGGUCUAAACGCUGUCUCCUGUGGCAGCCUUGUUGAGUGAACGUUUAGGAAACUGCUAGCAAGUGAAAAGCUGAUUAGAGGAUGGUGUGGCAGAAGACUAGGAUGGUUUAGGAAACUGCUAACAAGUGCACUGCGAGUUGACGUGGGUCUAGGUUGGGAGUCGUAAUUUGCUGCCGGUGUUCUCACUAUUUGCCAUUUAGAUAUUUUCUGAAAAAUGAGAAAAAAUUCUACUUUUUAUAGUUUGUUUCAUAUGAAGGCUACAUCUUUACGCCACUUGUAUUGUCUUACUGUGCCGGACUUUACUGAAAAUUAGUUUCUAGUUAUUUGUAGGGAAGUACUGGAAUUGUGGAAGGGGAUGGGAUGGCACAGAUAUAUUCGGAAAAAGAUACAGCGAAAAAGAAUGUUUCAUUCUCCGAUCUCAGGCUACCGCGCUGGUAUAUGCGUCUGUGCAAUCCUUUCCACUUCCUUUCCCUUAAGACAGCGAGUGAUGAUUGUUCGAGCCUCUGUGGCGGCAACCUCCCAAAACUUAGAGAUUUUUCCAGAAAUAGCACUGUUUAAAUUUUUUUUCCCAAAAAUAGCACCCAAUUCCGAAAAAUUCCAAAAUUAGCACAAUUUUUGUAAAACCGCAACCCGGAGGUGCGUUUUUCGAUGAAAACGCCACCCGAGGGCGCGUUUUUCGAU